AUGGACCCAUAUGCGCAAGCUACGAAACUCCAACUCUCCCAUUAUUUGAUCUUAUUGGGAAGUGCACCUAUUUCUCAAACCACUUGCUCCAGCCAACGCUAUAAUUACUACGGCCUAGCGGCCUACGGGUUGGUUCCAUCUAAUGCGACCGAUCGAUAUGGAGACACCCUGGGUGGGUUUGGGAGUGCGGUCACCUUUUAUCAGUCGGCUUGGAACAAAGGUCAGGAUGGUUCCUACGACGGCAUUAUCUGGGCAAUGCCCGAUCGUGGUUGGAAUACGAACGGCACUUUAAAUUAUCAGUCACGGAUUCACAAGUUUUCCAUUCACCUGGAUCCAGCUCCAAACGCCUCCGGCAGCGACCCAAGUCCACCGAAUAUGCAUUUGGCUUAUAUCGACUCAAUACGACGGUAUGCAGACGCGAUCGGAUUUAUAUCCCUCGAUGGGUUUCCUCAUCUGCCACAAGCUACCUAUAACGGAGAUGGCUUUGGCGGCCCCGGCCUGACUAACAGGCGGGUUACGUUGGAUUGCGAAGGCUUAGUGGUAGAUUCCGACGGAGAUUUUUGGAUCCCAGACAAAUACGGCCCAUAUAUCUACAGGUUCUCAAAAUACGGCAAGAUGCUCCUUGCUAUCACGCCUCCGCCCGCAUUCCUCCCUCUACGGAAUGGCAUAGUCAGCUUCAGCGGAGCUGAGCCGCCAACGUUUGAACCGGAUCAAGUUCCCAGUCAUCCUGAUCCCACCGCUGGUCGAGCUAAUAACCAAGGCCUCGAGGGACUGACUAUUUCUCCGGACGGACGCUUCCUAUAUGUCAUGAUGCAGUCGGCUAUGAACCAAGAAGGGGGACCAAAGAAGAAGUCUCGACGACAGACCCGGCUCCUGGAGUACGAUAUCUCUGAUAAGAAAUCCCCAGUUCUUAUGUGGUUACACUGCCUCUUUAUGACAAUGGAUCCAAAGCCGCCGGGCAGUCGGAAAUCCAUCGGCUUUCCAAUGGACAGGGCACGAGAUUCGGGCUUUGGACGAGGAGCGGACAAGACUGAGUCCGAGUAUCGUCAUUUUGAUGUUAUAUCUACCGCAGAAGCUACAAAUUUUGCCCACGGAAAAUGGGAUUCGGUUAACGGUUCGAUUGCAAACACUAAGGGGUUGUUGAAUCCGAAUAUCACGGCGGCGACCUAA